AUGUUCUGGCAACUAUACUGCCAUUUGCUCAAACGCCAAUGGUUUUUUCAGCUCAAUCACAGACCGAGCGAGCGGGACGGAAAGAUGUUGCAGAAAGAUUGGAAGUCAAUUGCGUAUGGCUACUUCAUCUAUGAUGCAGCCAAUCCAACAUGCGGCAAUGCGUUUCCAGAUAGUUUGGCGACAAAAACUCUGGCAUUAAAGAUAGAUCAAUACGCAUCAAUAUUAAGUUUGACUGCCCUUUACGACGUGAACAAAGCUGAUAAUACAACGAAGUUUCAAACAACUUUGACGUUUGCAACGGAUACCAAAUUUGAUGUUGUGGUACCAGAAUAUGAGACCAUCCCGGGCAUUGGAUUUCUUGAGAUGUGUUGCGGAUUUUGUGAGAAGAUGCUUGCGUCAGAGAUGUGCAAAGGAGACUGGGAGAGCUGGCCUGUAGGAUCAGUGAAAUAUUACGAAACCAUUCAAAAGAUUAAUCAAACAUGCCGGACGCAGUUUCGAUGUUCAGAUAGACAGCCAUGCAUGGGUUGCCCUGGAACCUGCGAACCUGUUACGAAUCAGCAGAUCACAACAACAGCUGCAGCAGCAACUACACAGAUCAUUGAAACAACCCCUGAGCCUUUCACGGAGAAAGUGGCGUCAGCUUCAAUAGGGAGAGGAAGUUUCAUUUUCUUGGUGUACUUGCAAAGGCACUCGAUAUCGCGCAGAGAUCUUAUCCACUUCAUGCAAAGCUCACUCGGCACAGCUUCGCAAAUUAUGUCAAGCGCAUGUAGCUUAAUUUACCGAGGGUCAACGAACAUUGAAGGGUUUGCAGGUGUCACGACACUACAAUCCAAGAUUUGUGGAGACGGCAAGACACAGACAGACACUGGGGAGGAAUGCGAUGACGGAAACCAAAUAAAUGGGGUAAAUAAAGUUCGUGAGGGUGUGGCCAAGGACGGAUGCUCUCAAUCCUGCCAAGUGGAGUACAAUUGGCAUUGCUGGCACUGUCAGCCUGAAGAUUUUGCGUGCAAUGGAUCAAACACAAUUGACGGAUGUACCUACCAGUCCUGUAUGAAGGACAAUCACAAUUAUUGUUUGGACUGCUCUGCUGAAUUCGCCAUCCUGCAACAAACGACACUGUCAAGAAAGGGGACGGAGAGUGCUUGGGCAAGAACGAGAGGAGACUUGACCAAACAGCCACUGCCCAAGUGGCUUGCGCCCUAUGGCUUCAUGGGCCCUUGUCUUCCCUCUGCAAACUCUACCGGAGAGUAUGGAUCUCACCCAACAACCUACGAGCUCAAUCCAGCGAGUCCAAACUUUCCUGCAGAUCCUACAGGCGAUAGCGGUGGAUUCUCACCAGAGCUCCCAUACGGAAAGCCACCUGUGAACAUGAUUCAACGUGGCAGACUUGCACAUCCGAAACUUGAAAACUGCCGUAACUCGCCCUGA